AUGGGUUUGAGGCAAGUAAGAGUAGGUGAGCUGCUGUUACUCUUUGUAGCUAAUUUAGUAACAGCGCAGUGGCAAAGUCUAGGGAAUAGUCAAACUUCUGCUGGGCUUUACACUAACAUUUUAGGACAUUCUUCAGUGCAAGGAAGUGCUGGGUUACCUUCUCAAUGGAUUCAAGGUGGCUCUCAAGCUGGAAACCCUGCAGUAGCCCCGCUUGGACUACAACUUCAAAAUCCUUCAGCUGCUGAAACCCAGCAAGUAAUUCAGCAACCAACAAAGCAACUAACUUGGCGUUUUCCAGCAACACCACAAAUCCCAACACCACCAACCCCGGUGCACUUUGUAAGACCACCUCGUCCUGUUCUCUCUGAGGGGAUAACAACAAAGUGUAGUGAGAAUACAGUGCAUGUAGAGGUGAGGAAAGACUUGCUUGGAACUGAUACAACUGCCAAUGUGGCUAGCUUCACACUGGGAGGCUGUGCUGCCAAAGGGGUGGAUGCUUCUUCCCGAUUCCUUAUCUAUGAAUCAGCACUGCAUGACUGCAACAGCAAGCUGAUUGUGACUGCAAAUGAGCUGGUCUACAUCUUCAUCCUUGGUAUGGCUCCAGUGCCUCUAAGUAGCUCUUCACUUCUCAGAAGUGCUGGUGCUCAGGUUCUCAUUGAGUGUCAUUAUCCAAGAUUCCACAAUGUGAGUAGCAGUGGUCUCAUGCCUGCUUGGAUCCCAUAUGCUUCAGCCCAAGCUGCUGAGGAGCUCCUUGUUUUCUCCUUGAGGAUCAUGAUGGAGGACUGGCUAUUCCAAAGGCCUUCCAACCAGUAUUAUCUGGGUGAGCUUAUAAAUAUUGAGGCUUCGGUACUGCAGUUCCACCAUGUGCCCCUGCGUGUCCUUGUAGACAGCUGUGUGGCCACUCCUGUCCCUGACAUGAAUGCUGUCCCAAGAUAUUACUUCAUUGAUAACCAUGGGUGCCUGAUUGAUGCUAAGCUUACCCAGUCCAGUUCCCACUUCAUGCCUUACACUCAAGCAACUAAGCUGAGGUUUCAGCUGGAAGCUUUCAGAUUUCAACAAGGGAACAGUAGCUUGGUCUACAUUGCCUGCAAGUUGAAGGCAACAGCAGCCUCUGCCCCUGCUGAUGCUGAGCACAAGGCUUGUUCGUUCUCUGAGAAUAGGUGGACUGCUGCAUAUGGUGCUGACCAGGUGUGCAGUUGUUGCAGCAGUAGGUGUGGAAGCAUGAGGAAGGGCCGUGAUCUGUCCCUAGAACAAGGCUUGCAGCUGGAGAAAGAAGUUAGCCUUGGCCCAAUUGUGGUUCUGGACAAGGCUUUGUAG